UCUCAUUGUACAGAACGGUACAAUCCUUUCUAACACACCCAGAGCAUUAUUGUCCCCUAUACAUGAACGGUCAGACCAACGAAGCAGAAAAAAAGCCGCAAGACAUGAAAGCAACUUCACCUGUACCGACUCAAUUGGUUCGCAUUCGACCGUAUUCCACCGCCGUUCGAGUUCCUAGAAAGAAUCUUGAGCGUAGCGGUUACUUUCGAGCGCAUGCGGAUUUUGCUCAACAAGCCGACGGAGAGCAGCCCCCCAUUAAAGACAUUGAAGUUAAACCGCCGGAUUCACUAAGAGUCCUUGAUUGCCUUGCGUACCUCUCCGGCCACAAACUUCCAGCUUAUUGCUUUGAAGGAAGUAACUGGAUGAGCAUGCUGAGGAAUGCUGACUAUCUGCAAAUUGAUGAGCUUUUGACCAUGUGUUAUCAGAGCUUCUGGAACGAAUGGAAGACAACAAUCAAAAACCCUAGUUUCAAACACACUACGAUUCCUAUUAUCCAUAUUGAGAAAAUUCUGGAUAUCAAAACUAAUCCGUCCUCUAUCGAGAAGGCAGAGGUAAUGCUCGAAUGGGCCAACGCGCCCAACUUUCGUGACCAGGAGCCUAUAUACAAGCUUGUUCGAAAUCACUGUACCGAUGCGACAUGGACUCGAAUGGGUGUGCGCACUCUUGCUCAACGCUUCAAGGAUACGCUUACUCAAAUUGUACCAGCGGAUACAUGGUUGCAAAUGGUGCUGAAGAGAGAAUAAUACUUAGGAGUAUAGGAAGAUCAAUUGUGUUCGCGAAACAUAUUGCUUGUUGGAUGAGAGAUUGGGAUGAGAGGAUAUGGUGACAUGAGCCCGAUUAACUGGUUAUGGAGCACUUGAGCGAUGGAAAUGGAAAUGGAGACAUAUGCUUUUUGCAGGAACGAUAUAACAUUGCGGCUGAUUACAUGAUGGAGUUGUAAAGCAAAUAGCAUCUUCCAAUAGCAAGAUUGAAUGUAAUGUAAACAAAAGAUAAUCUCAUGCUAGCCGCUGACCCCC